GGAGAGUCAGCUUCACGCUCACAGCUGGAUGGAUAGCAGCGUCUCCGCCACAGCAGGAGAAGGAUGUGAAAUUUCGACAUUUUUCAACUUUUGUCAGUGAAAGAAAAGCAGCAGCUGGACACGUUCAGACGGUGAAAAUAACGGCAGGACGCUAAACCGCUGCGUUUUUAAUGAGUUGAUUUUAAGAUUUGCGUUCACCGCCAGUCUACAGAGCUACUGACCAUCAGUCCAGUGAGCCUCACAGACACAGACAGUCAUGAUGGAGUCUAUCUUAGACAGUUUAACAGCAGAGAAACUCUACCCGUCCGGAGGCACCAACCUGUUGGACCUGGAGGAACUCAGCGACGGAGAUUUCCUCACUAAUGUGCCUUUCUCAGGUGAUCAGAUGGACGACUUCAGCAGUGAAUUAUUCAACAGUUUCUUUGACGACCAUCUAUUAGAGCGACCCCUGCUGGCAGACAGACCUUCCCUUUUACACAUGGACAUAGACAGCAGUCCAGAUAUUCAAGCAGAGCACAGCUACUCUUUGAGUGAAGACUCCGCCCCCCAGAGCCCAGCGCUGUCAAUCAAAAUGGACCAAGAGUCUGAGUUUGAAUGGAGCUUCAGUCAGGACCUGUCAGCCAUCUUGGUGAAACAGGAGGAACCUGAUGUGGUCCAAAGGUUAGAUCCUCAGCCUCUGGAAGGCCCGCCCCUCAUAUUAAGCCCAGCCCCCCCACACAGAGGAUCGGCUUGGAAACACACGGAGCGCAGUCAAGAUGAUAUGAAGCCAGUGGCUAUAAAAGAUGAACCCAGAGAGAUUGGACAGUAUCUCAGCCUGCCCAGCGACGACGCUCUCCAGCUCCCGCCCACCCCUCCCAGCAGUAACCACGGCGACAGUGACGGCUCCCUGCCUCCCUCCUCCCCACACCUCCCUCUGCCCCCGUCUUCCCCUCAACCACAACAGAGACCAGGAGGUCGUGCCUCUUCCUCCUCCUCAUCCUCUUCCUCCGCCAUCUCCUCUUCACCUCUCCUCACUGCACCACAUAAGUUGCAGGGUUCAGGACCCCUCAUGCUGACAGAAGAAGAGAAGAGGACCCUGGUUGCUGAGGGUUACCCAGUACCCAACAAACUUCCUCUCACCAAGAGUGAAGAGAAGGCACUGAAGAGAGUCAGACGGAAGAUUAAAAAUAAGAUCUCAGCUCAGGAGAGUCGGAGGAAGAAGAAAGAGUAUGUGGAAUGUCUGGAGAAGAAGGUGGAGAACUACACGUCAGAAAACAGCGAUCUAUGGAGAAAAGUAGAAAACCUGGAGACUGCCAACAGGUCUCUGCUACAGCAGCUCCAGAAGCUCCAGUCAUUGAUUUCAGGGAAAGUUGUUCCCCGUUCUUGUAAAAUGGCCUCAACUCAAACAGGGACAUGCCUCAUGAUGGUGGCUGUGUGUUUUGUCCUGGUGUUGGGCUCCUUCUCCCCCUGCCUCUCACCCCUCUCCUUCCUCACUCACGCCUCCUCUUUGUCCUCCACCUCUUCUUCCUCCUCUCCUCCCCCUCUUCCGUCAGCGGACCUCUACACCACCAGUCAGGUGCGUUCCCGCAGCCUGCUCUUCUACAAUGAAGGGGCUCCACUGGAGGAGAGUUCAGUGACAGAAGGGGAGAGGCUACAGUCAGAAGCCCACUCCCACAUCCAGACAAGCCGUUACACAGCUGACGCCCACAGCAACCAGACAACUGGGCCCAAGUUAGACCGGAGAGAAACAAAACCAGACGGAGUCUCAGAGUUUUUCUGACAGACCGCAUGACCCCUCCUCCCAUGACUUCUCACCUCUGACCCCUAAAAAAGCCAAAACCUCCGGAGUCCUGAGCUCAGCAGGCUUCAUAUCAACAUCCAACUGGACCAAAACAUACCUGUGUCUACAUUACUAUGUCAGCAAGUCCAUCAUCAUCAUCAUCAUCAUCAUCAUCAUCAUCCCUUCUAGCGAGUGACUUUCUCUGCUUCAAGACUUCACGACUCAUCCUCCACAGCCAGCGUCCUGCUCGUACGUAACGCUUCACUUCUCUGCUUCAGCAGACUCUGCUACACCUGAAUACUUGAUUUUAAAGGGACCUUAUUAUUGGAGUUUCCAUUUUUAUGCAUUUAAAUACAGAAUAAUUCAUUCAAUACCCAACUAAUCCAUCCAUAUUCAGCUUAAACAACCGUACAUUACAUGAAAAACAUGGUCAUGACAGACCUAAAACAGCCACUCUCGCCAUGUAGCAAAGAGAAAACAGUGAUACAUCCUGCACCUUUAUACCCAAAAACAUAAAUAUGGAAACUUGACGGACCUCCACUGUGGGAUUUUGGUGUAUGUUAGAAUGUGGUGUUAGUACUCUAGAUCCAUUACAUUGGAUCGUUGCUUUAAUUUUUAACCAAUCACUUACUUUAUGUUAAUCAAGGGCUGCAACAAAUGAUUAUCGUGAUUAUCGAGUCAUCUAUCAGUUAUUCUUUUGACUAAUCAAUUAAUCACUUAGUCCAGAAAAUGUAAAACAAUUGUGAAAAAGGCCUGUCACAGUCUCCAAGAGGUCAAAGUGACAUCUUUAAAUGUCUUUUUUUUUUCAGAUUCUCACAUUUGAGAAACUAAAGACAGAAUUCUUGGCAUUUUUCCUUGGUGAUUAAUCGAUUAUCAGAAUUGUCGCUGAUUCAUUUUCUGUCAUCAGCUAAUCGAGUAAUCAUUUCAGCUCUUUUAGAACAGCACAUUUGAAUGCAACAUGAGUUGCUACAAACACAUCCUGUGUAAAAGUGCCUUUCACUUGCUUCAGUCAAAUAUGACUAACUUGGCCUUACACCUAAUGUCCACACAGACGAUUAUAGAGGCGGAAAUGUAACUCUAACUAGAUUACACACUGUUUAAAUCAGAGCUGGCCCCAGUCUCUUGAGGGACUGGAUGAAUGUUCAGAAUCCAAACAUUUUAUUUCACAUGCCUCUCAAUGUAUUUGGGGGCAUCGCAGUAAAAGCUUUGUGGCAAAAUCACCUUGGCUAUGAGCCAGCUUUGGUUAGAACAGCUUGAAAAGCCAGUUGUGUAAUGGGUUUUCAGUUAGAGUUACACAUAAACAUGUAAUGUGUUUUAUUUUUACAUUUUUUAAAGUUGUAGUUUUUCACUUUCAAAUUCUGACCACAACUCUAUAUUAUUUUUGGGCAGGAAACCAUAUUUUCAUAUCCAGGGACCAUUAAAGGGGUUCUGACAGAGGUUGGGAAAGAAUGACAUAAAAGUAUUUUUAUGGAAUUAAAAAAUUGUAUAUGUAAUAUAUUUGCAGCAUCAAAAAAGAGCAUAUUUAAUUUAUGCAACAAAAAAAGAAAUAAUGAAAUGUUUUUAAAGUUAGUUUAUCUUAUUGUCUCAUUUUUCUAAAUAAUGUUUACAAAAAAAACACAAAAAUACAACUUAUAAUAUAUUCUGAGCAUCAAAAAAGGGCAUAUUUAUUUUAUGCAAAAAAAAAAAAGGAAUUGUAUGUUGUGUUUUGGCAUUUAGGAUGAUGUGAAGUUUUACAUGAUGGUGUGUAGUUUACAUGGUGUGUCAUGGAUUGUAAAACUUUGACAUGAUCUGUUUGUGUCUUUUAACUGUAAUACAGUCUUUAUGUUUCACUGCUGUCGUAUGAAAACCUCUGCAGGUCUUUUUUAUUCCCUUAUGAUUUAAAAAUCAAUUGAAAAAAAUCCAAUUUUACCCAGAAGUUAAAGUUCUUGACCCAGAAAGCCAAAGAAAUUUAUCACAAACCAACUGCAAACCUGUAAAAAUUAUAAUACGGUCAAUAAUGUGUAAUAUAAAUAUUUUUCUGCUAUAAAAACAUCCUAUGACCUCGAAGCAGCAGAGGAAACAUCUAAAACAUUAACUAAAUGAGCUCAUGCGACAGCAGUGCAUGUUGUAUUUAUUCCUGUUUGUAGAAAGUGUGUAUAUAUUGAUGAAGCCAAUCAGGGGACUAAAACAUUCCAGGAAGUAAAACACCGCUAGCUUUGUUCUCUCCACAAUUUGAAGGAACACCAGGACAUUAGAAAAAAGUUUUUAUUUCUUCACCACUAUUCUGACAAUGUGAGAAAAAUCAAUGAUACUCGUCAUGGUAUUCCUUCAAAUUAAAAGUUAUGAAAACAGAUGUUUCACUGUCCCAGUCCAAAUCCUUGAGGAAACAAUUACAAACUCUGACCAUAAAACAUCCAGAAAUCCUUUUUGAUCUUCACAACAUUACAGUUCACUAAGAUUUUCUAUUUUUCUUCUCUGUUCAUUUCAUUUUGUGUCCCUCAUGCUAAGCGUACACAAAGACAUCACGUGACUGCAGCCCGUUGCACAACCAUCCUGUCAUUCUCGCCUUUAACAGUCUUAAUGCACCAGUGUACAUAAAUAAUGACAACUUAAUGUGCAGAUGUUGUAAAUAAAGGGCCUUGUUUUUGUAUUGUGACAUAGUCCAAGAUUUUAACCUGUGGAAUUACGUGGGAAAGGGAAAAAAUAGGAGAAAAAACAGUGGAUAUUUGGGGAAGAAGGUGGGGAGGGAUUUUAAAAAAUAGCAGGGAGGGUGACUUUUUCCACUUGUAAAGAAACCUGGACGACACAGUAGCUUCACACAGUUUGAAUAGUUGUACAACACCAGCAAGUGCUUGAUUAUUCUAACAUCUCCAUGAACAUUUGGAGUCCAGAGAGAAUAAUCCAGCACUUCCCAAUGAGUUCAGUUGUUUGAAAUGUGUUUGGAUAUAAUGUUGUCUUGGUUUGUUGUAUAGUGUCUUGCAUGUUCCUCCAUAUAUAACUAUAUUAUCUUAGUGUAGUCAGUAGAGUAGAAACCAGCAAAAUAUUAAAAAACUGCAUCAGCAA